AGGGUUUCAAACUUCCUUCAGAAACUAGUUACCGUCUCGAUCCCUACGAGUUUAUCGCCGUCUAGCCGAAAAAAUGGGUUUCUGGGGACUUGAAGUGAAACCUGGGAAACCUCAAGCUUACCAUCCCAAAAACGAACAAGGGAAGCUUCACCUGACUCAGGCAACUCUAGGUUCGGGUUUAGGGAAAGAGAAGAGUGUGAUGAAGUGUUCGGUAGCAGGAAACACACCCAUUUACUUGUGUUCACUGUUACCUAACAAAACUGAAUCUUGCCCUCUGAAUCUUGAGUUUGAAGAUGAUGACGAGACUGUUGAGUUCUCGGUUACUGGUGACAGAAGUGUCCACCUUACUGGGUUCUUGGAGGCUUAUGAUGAAGAGUAUGAGCAAGACGAAGAUGAUUCAGAUGGUAUGGAUGUUGCUGAAAUGGGGUCAGAAGAGUCGUCUGACUAUGAUAGUGAAGAUGAUGAGGAUGAGGAUGAGAUGGAUGAGGAUCAGCUGGAUCAGUUUGAGGACUUUCUUGAUCGUAAUCUCGAAAUGUAUCGCCAGUCUUCUGUCCCAAACAGCGGAGUUGUAAUUGAGGAGAUAGAAGAUGAAGAGAAGCCUGCUGAAGAUAAAAAGACUAAACGAUCCAAGAAAAAGAGUCAAGCUAGCAAAGAUGAGAGCGCAAGUAAGCAAAUCGUUGUCAAAGAGAGUCCCCCUGUUCCAGUUGUGGAGAGCGAAGAUGAAGAUGGUUUUCUUAUUGUCAAAGAGAACACACCUGAACCAGAGAAGAAGUCAAAUGUUGACGAACAAGGUAGCAACAAAAAACGGAAGGCCAAGGCUUCUGAGCAAGAUGGUGGACAAGAAAGUGCAAACAAGAAUAAAAAGAAGAAAAGUCAGAAUGAGAAGAAGGAAACCACCCAAACUACUUCAAACCAGAAAGCUCAAACUGCAACUGUAAACAGUGCCAAGAAUGAAAGCUCUAACUCUAAGACCCCAGAUAAAUCUACUGAGAAGAAAAAUAAGCAGAAGAACUCAAAUGAGAAAGCUACAGUGGAGAACUCCAAGGCUGCUCAAGAAAAGACAUACCCAGGUGGGCUCCUUGUUGAAGAGUUAAAAUUGGGCAAACCCAACGGCAAGAAAGCUACUCCUGGAAAACAGGUUAGCGUCCGCUACAUUGGAAAGCUUCAGAAGAAUGGGAAGAUCUUCGAUUCCAACAUUGGAAAGGCACCUUUUAAGUUCCGUCUAGGUCGUGGAGAAGUCAUUAAGGGAUGGGAUGUUGGCGUUGAUGGCAUGCGUGUGGGUGACAAAAGAAAGCUUAUAAUUCCCCCAGGAAUGGGGUACGGUUCUCGCGGUGCUGGUGGCCAGAUUCCUCCUAACGCUUGGCUGACGUUUGACGUCGAGCUGAUUGAUGUUAAGUAA